AUGGAGGUAGAACCUCAAAAUGGAGGUGAGGAGAAGGUCAAAAUGGAAGGAGAACCUCAAAAUGGAGGUGAGGAGAAGGUCAAAAUGGAAGGAGAACCUCAAAAUGGAGGUAAGGAGAAGGUCAAAACGGAAGGAGAACCUCAAAAUGGAGGUGAGGAGAAGGUCAAAAUGGAAGGAGAACCUCAAAAUGGAGGUAAGGAGAAGGUCAAAACGGAAGGAGAACCUCAAAAUGGAGGUGAGGAGAAGGUCAAAAUGGAAGGAGAACCUCAAAAUGGAGGUAAGGAGAAGGUCAAAACGGAAGGAGAACCUCAAAAUGGAGGUGAGGAGAAGGUCAAAAUGGAAGGAGAACCUCAAAAUGGAGGUAAGGAGAAGGUCAAAACGGAAGGAGAACCUCAAAAUGGAGGUGAGGAGAAGGUCAAAAUGGAAGGAGAACCUCAAAAUGGAGGUAAGGAGAAGGUCAAAACGGAAGGAGAACCUCAAAAUGGAGGUGAGGAGAAGGUCAAAAUGGAAGGAGAACCUCAAAAUGGAGGUAAGGAGAAGGUCAAAACGGAAGGAGAACCUCAAAAUGGAGGUGAGGAGAAGGUCAAAAUGAGAUGUUCAUGGUGA